GAUUCAAUCGUUCAUCAAAUGCAGUUCUGAAUUCCAAUGAAAACUCAACAGGCACUGUUCCAAGCCAUUGUCAUAACCUGCGAUUGAAGUUACUCAUUUCCAUUCAUCCACACCAUUUCCUAUUCCUACCAUGGCAGCAGCAUGCGUUGGUGGUGCUCUUCUUUCUGCUUUUCUGCAGGUUGCAUUUCACAGGGUAACCUCUCCUAAACUUCUACACUUCUUUCGUGGAAGAAAGCUUGACGAAGCACUCCUCAGAAAACUCAACAUCAAACUGUUGUCCAUCAAUUCUCUCGCUGAUGAUGCAGAGCAAAAGCAGUUCAUGGAUACACGUGUCAAGGCAUGGCUUUCUGCUGUCAAAGAUGUUGUGUUUGAUGCAGAGGAUCUCUUGGAUGAAAUAGACUACGAACUCACCAAACGUCAAGUGGAAGCUGAGUCUGAAUGUCAAAGCCUCAGUAGCAAGGUAUCAAGUUUCUUCAAUUCUACUUUCAGUUCAUUUAACAGGAAAAUCGACUCAGGCUUGAAACAAGUCCUUGAGAACCUAGAAUAUCUUGCCAGCCAAAAGGGUGAUCUUGGUUUGAAAGAGGCUACUUAUUUUGGUCUUCAACCAGGCAGUGUCAGUGAAGUGCAACAAAAAUUGCCAUCAACUUCUUUGGUGGCUGAAAAUGUUAUUUAUGGAAGAGAUGAUGACACAGAAACUAUCUUUAAUUGGCUCACAUCUGAAACUCACAAUCAUAGCCAGUUAUCAAUACUUUCUAUUGUGGGUAUGGGUGGAGUGGGUAAGACCACACUUGCCCAACAUGUGUACAAUGAUCCAAGGAUGGAGGAGGUUCAUUUUAGCAUCAAAGCUUGGGUUUGUGUUUCAGAUUAUUUUGAUGUUAUGGUGGUGACAAGUACAAUUCUUGAGGCAAUCACUAAAUCCAAAGAUGAUAGCAGAAACCUAGAAAUGGCUCAUGCAAGACUGAAAGAAAAAUUGUCUGGGAAAAAAUUCUUUCUCGUUUUGGAUGAUGUGUGGAACGAAAGACGAGAUAAAUGGGAAGCUGUGCAAACUCCUCUUAAUUUUGGGGCAACCGGAAGUAAAAUUCUCGUAACAACACGUAGCGAGAAAGUUGCUACUACAAUGUGGUCAAGUAAAGUGCAUCGCCUGAUGCAUUUACAAGAAGAUCAUUGCUGGGAUGUUUUUGCAAAACAUGCAUUCCAAGAUGAUCAUCCUCAAUUGAAUGCUGAGAUGAAGGAUAUUGGCAUAAAGAUAGUUAAAAAGUGUAAAGGAUUACCUAUAGCCCUGAAAGCAAUUGGAAGUCUUCUGCACACAAAGUCAUCUUUUUCAGAACGGGAAUGUGUACUGGAAAGUAAGAUAUGGGACUUACCGAGAGAAGAGAAUGAAAUUAUGCCUGCCCUUUUACUGAGUUAUCAUCACCUUUCUUCGCAUCUCAAGAGGUGUUUUACUUAUUUUGCUCUAUUUCCCAAAGAUUACAAGUUUGACAAGGAGAGUAUAAUUUUGUUGUGGUUAGCUGAAAAUUUUCUACACUGUCCUCAACAUAAUAAGAGCCCAGAAGAAAUUGGUGAAUUGUACUUUGAUGAUCUAUUAUCAAGGUCUUUCUUUCAACGGUCAAGCGGAUUGGAAUCAUGUUUUGUCAUGCAUGACCUUCUCAACGAUUUGGCAAAAUAUGUUUGUGGAGAUAUAUACUUCAACUUAGAAGUUGAUAAAGCAUUAUUUAUACCAGAAAGGGCUCGUCAUAUUUCAUUUGCAAUCAAUGACGUUAAGUAUUUUGACAGUUCAUAUGAUGCGAAAAGGUUGCGCACAUUUAUUCCACUUCCUACAUUUAUAAAAUUGUCCCCUCUAAACGAUCCAUGGCAAUGCAAGGUUUCAUUUCAUGAGUUGUUCUCCAAGUUUAAGUUCAUACACACCUUAUCUUUGCUAUGUUGCUCUGGCCUCCUAGAGGUGCCUGACUCGAUAGGUGAUCUUAAACAUCUACGUUCUUUAGACCUUUCCUGUACUCAUAUAAGAAAACUACCCGAUUCAAGUUGUUUGCUCUAUAACUUGCAAAUACUAAAGCUUAACUAUUGUCUCCUUUUGAAGGAGUUGCCUUCGAAUUUGUACAAACUCAGCAAUUUACGUUGCCUUGAAUUUAUAGGUACUUCAGUGAGAAAGAUGCCAAUGCAUAUGGGGAAGUUGAAGAAUCUCCAAGUACUGAGUUCGUUCUAUGUUGGCAAAAGUAGCGGUAUUCAACAGCUGGUAGGGCUCAAUCUUCAUGGAGGGCUUUUAAUUGGUGAUAUGCAGAAUAUUCUGAAUCCCUCAGAUGCUUUACAAGUAGAUUUGAAAAAUAAAAAGCACCUUGUAAAGCUAGAGUUAGAAUGGAAUUCAAACCAGAUCCCCGACAAUCCAAGGAAAGAAAAACAAGUACUCGAGUAUCUACAACCUCCCAAACACUUAAAGAAUUUCUCAAUCAGUCACUAUGGUGGUACACAAUUUCCAAGUUGGUUAUCUGAUAGUUCCUUAUCAAACGUGGUGUCAUUAAGAUUGAUAGGUUGUAAAUAUGUUCUGCAAUUGCCUCCCCUUGGGCUUUUGCCAUUCCUCAAGGAGCUGACAAUUAUAGAGCUUGAUGGGAUAGUGGGUGUUGGUGCUGAGUUCCAUGGGAGUAGCUCUUCUUCAUUUACAUGCUUGGAAACAUUGUAUUUCUAUAAUAUGAAGGAGUGGGAAGAAUGGGAUUGUGAAACUCCUUUCCCACGUCUUCAACAUCUUUCUAUAGUACAUUGCCCCAAGCUCAAAGGGCUGCCAAACCAACUUCUUCACGUAAAGCAAAUAAUUAUCUGUGAAUGUGAAAGGUUCACCAUUAGCGGACACAACACGGAAUCAUCAACCCUGGAAAGGAUAGGGGAUACCAUAAAUAAUAAUUCUCUUGAAGUCUUACACAUUUAUUCUUGUCUGUACAUUAAUAUUCCAUUGAGACUUCGCUACAAUUUACUUGUAACACUGGAUAUAGAUGGAGGCUUUGACUCUCCAAUGACCUUUCCUCUAGAUUUCUUCCCAAAACUUUGUUCACUCAAACUCAGGUGUUGUAAUCUGCAAAUGAUUUCACAGGAUCACACUCAUAAUCAUCUCAAGGAUCUGGAUAUCAGCAAAUCACCUCAAUUUGAAUCAUUUCCCAUGGAAGGAUUAUCUGCCCCCAAGCUAGUAAAAUUUAGUAUUAAAGAAUUGAAGAACUUGAAAUUAUUGCCUAAACGCAUGGAUAUCCUCCUUCCAUCUCUUACAGACAUACGAAUAUUAGACUGUCCACAAGUGGAGUUGUGCUCUGAUGGAGGUUUGCCAUCAAAUCUAAAUACCAUGGAUCUCUCAGACUGCUCCAAAUUUAUGGCCUCAAUGAAAAUGGCUUUGGGAGCCAACAACUCUCUAGAAGUCUUGUCUGUUCAAAAAUUGGAUGUGGAGUCUUUUCCUGAUGAAGGUUUCUUGCCUUUCUCUCUUACUUCUCUGGAAAUCAGUAACUGUUUAGAUCUUAAAAACCUUGACUACAGUGGUCUUUGUCACCUCUCCACUCUUCAGGAAUUGUUGUUGUUUAACUGCCCCAACCUCCGAUGUUUACCAGAGGAGGGCCUGCCAGAAUCCAUUUCAGAACUUAAAAUUGUUGGUUGUCCAUUGCUUGAACAGUGUGGUCUGAAACCAAAAGGCUAAGACUGGGAAAAGAUUGCUCACUUGAAAACAUAGUGAUUGAAGAUGUGAGACAUGAACUUGAAGUUUGAAAUCACACAUCAGGAUGGCAGCAGAAUUUGUUGGUGGUUGACAAGCUGGCUUCCCCUAAAGUUUUUAGACUUGUUUUGUAGAAGAAAACUUGAUAAGCUACUGGGAAACUUGAACAUCACACUGCACUCCAUCAAAGAUCCACGCUAGAAAACAUGGCUUUUUGAUGUCAAAGAGGUCAUGUUUGAUGCAGGGGAUCUCUGGGAUGAAAGAGACUAUCAACUCACCAGAUGCAAAGUGGAAGCUGAAUCUCAACUUCUAACUUUCAUUUAUAAGGCAUCAAAUUUCUUCAACUCCACUUUCAGUUCAUUUAACAAGAAAGACUAGGAUAUCUUGCAAGGCAAAAGGGUGCACCUGGUUUCAAAGAAUGUAGUUAUUCUGGUGCUGAAUCAAGUAUUAAAUUGUCACAGAAAUUGCCGUCAACUUCUUAUGGAGGGGCUGUUCUGUGUUCCAUGUGUUCUCUAUGUAAAAAAAUGAAGAAUCAAUUCACCAUCUAUUUUUUUGAGUGUAAUACUGCUGUUUAUCUUUGGUAUUGCCUGCAGGGGAUUUUUUCUUAUGUGUAUUGGUUGAAUUCAAUUCCGUGUAGUGCUCUAAUAAAACUUGUGUGAUUAGGAGCUUUGACUUACACAACUUGGAUGAUUUGCCAAAGAAGUAUGACAGAUUUCAGAAAAUCAUUUCACUGCAAACAGCUGUUCAAAAUAUGAGCGGGUUAGUGAGUUUGAUUCUUAACUCUUCCAGCAAACAUAUGCACAAUGAUAUAAAGGAAACAUAUCCAACUGCUCAAAUUUAUAUGGGUGAAUCAAACUCAUCCUAUAUUUCAACCGUCCAUUCUUAAUCUGAACAUCACGGUUUUCGACUGACUCAACCUGGGAAUCCAAUGGAUCAGCAUGUAACAGAGCUUGAUCAUUUUGAUGUUUUGAUAGUGACAAACUUGAGUAUUUGUUAUACCGGAAACUGUAUCUGUAUUUCUUAAUGGAAAAAGAAUUAGAUUUUUACAA